AUGCCCCGGGCCAGGCUCCACCACCCCAGCCGCUGUCAGGUCCUGCCAACCCAGUCGCCUCUCUCCACAGCCACCCGGGAGUCCGCCUUUGUGCACGCCAUUGCCUCUGCCGGGGUGGCCUUCGCCGUGACACGCUCGUGUGCCGAGGGCUCCGCGGCCAUCUGUGGCUGCAGCAGCCGCCACCAGGGCUCCCCGGGCGAGGGCUGGAAGUGGGGUGGCUGCAGUGAGGACAUCGAGUUUGGCGGCAUGGUGUCUCGAGAGUUUGCAGACGCGCGGGAGAACCGGCCAGACGCCCGCUCCGCGAUGAACCGCCACAACAAUGAGGCCGGUCGCCAGGCCAUCGCCAGCCACAUGCAUCUCAAGUGCAAGUGCCACGG